CUUUAGUCACCGCACUGUCCCGAUCAUCACUUCCCGAUUUACUCUCACGACGCCGUCUGCAUCGUCACCAGCAGGUUUGGUCUCACGAUGUGGCCACGAGAAUUGCGUGUUGUCGAAAGGGGCGGCGUGCAACGGAGGCAGAACAAGACCCCUUGCCCCGGCGGAAAUGGGACGACCAUCGGAACCGAUCAGUCUUUUACUGUCCUGUGCAACACCGACCUUGGGGGCGAUGUCCUCAGUAGACCAAGCGCCGGCGACCUCACGGCGUGCGUUGACCUUUGCUCCUCCUUCCAUCCGAAAUGCGAUGCCGUCUCUUUCGACGCCGGACGCUGCACCCUAAAGGCCAGAUUGCGGCCUGAAGCGCAGCGCCCAUCCCGCAGGAUUGAAUCAGCAAUCGGCCAGUUUCCAGGCGCCAGUUCGAACUGCCCAACGCUGAACGGAGCGCAGCAGGCCCUUGGGACGAGCUUCACCACGCUGUGCGGCUUCAUCAUCGACGGCAACGACAUCAGCCAGAACUACGCCCCUACCUUCCAGGACUGCAUGGGACAGUGCGCGUCAACUACCGGCUGCGCCGCCUUGUCGUUCGAUCCAAGCCAAAACCUCGGGUUCAAGAACUGUUACCUCAAGACGACCGUGACUAACUCCAGUGCCGUCGCGGCAGACCAACGCACCGACUCUGCCAUGGUGACAGUCGCUGCAGCGGAAAACCCCAUUGACUCUUCUGUCAGCCCGUCCUCUUCAAGCAGCUUGGCAGCAACACCGGCUCCUCCUGCAUCGUCGGGUCCGGGGGUGUCUACCCUCCCACUGUCCUCUUCGUCAACCAGCGCCUCCGGUGGGGCCGUGUUUUUCACUCCGCCCAGCGGUAGCACAGAAACUGUCCCGGAAACGGCAUCCGCUUCACCGGCCAGCCCUACUUCAAUGCCGACGACUUCAACGUUGACCUCCAACUCUCCUACCAUCCAGACAACCGGCCUGGUGAUUACACCGUCUUCGUCACUAGCCAUAAAUUCACUCCCGUUCAUUUUUCCUCAUACCAGCCCAACCCUGGCCUCCUCGGUGGCGGCGUCAGGUCCCGAGGCGGCGGGCCAAGGAGUUGGCGAUGGUACACCAUCGAUGGCUUGGGUGGCCGGUCCCGUCGUGGGGGGCGUGGCAGCUAUCGCGCUGAUCGCCGUCUCCUUUGCCGUGUUCAGGCGCCGACGUCGCGCAAGCGGGACCGAAGAACCGAGCGAUUCUCGUCCGUCUCCGCUGACCAGACUAUUCUCCCCGCUCAGCGACGGGAACCGGGGGAGCGGCAAGCGGAAGUCGAGGUUGGGUAAUUUCUCCGCGGUCGAAUCUGGGAGGCCGAGCGUGGAGGUUGCCAGAGUGGUUCAGUUCUUGAGGGGCCGGCCGGUGGGGAUGGAAAGGCUAGCGGAUAUUGAGGACGGGGAAGCGAAGAGUGAGCGUGAGAGCGAGAAGGCCGGGAAGGAAAAGGAGAAGGGGAAAGAGGGUACGCCUGCGCCGGAGGCUAAGAAUGCGAGACCGCCGUUGAGGAAGAGCCUUAAUGGACUGAGCCAGAACAAAUGGUCCUGACGCAAGCCGGCGGCCGCGAAGGAUCCAGGGGCGUCAAGGGUUAUGACGAGGGGGCAGCAGGGAUUCUGAGAUUUUUUGGGAGUUUGGAGGAUGCACGUUAGGGAUACCACCACGGCGAUUUGAAUUUGCUGGCCAUUGAACACUUUCUUGCAUCCCAAGAACGGAAACCAGGCUGAUCGCCUGUAUUCCGUACAGUGCCUCCGCCAGGAUAACACAGACGCAACGGCUGCUGAGCAGGAGACAUCCGGGGGCGUGCCUGUUCUGAGCCUCUGAUUGGUCAGAGCCGGGGUGCAAUCGAUAGCGCCGUCUGAGUGUGUCAUCGGCAACGACGGCGACGGCGCCU